AACUCUGUAUCUCGACAUUUUCUCCAAAGCGAAAGAGAUAAGUAAGAGAAGAGAUAGAGAUCGUUGAAAUUAUUGAAACUUUAUAAGCAAAUCUCUAAGACUAUCGUAUAAUCUCGGCAAUAUUCGUACUUCUAAUCGGAUAGAGAUUUUUUAUAUAAUCAAUCCUGAAAACAUCUUAUUUUGUCUAAUUGCCAAACUGGACAAAGAAGAAAAUGACGUCUGAGUGAAAAUAACCUCACAUUUUUUUACAUCUAUUCUCUGGCUGGUCUUUGGUUUACGUAGAUUCGAUUUCCUAGUUUUUAUUAGUUGUUCCUAGUUGUUAUUUUGUAGUUUUUAAGUUUUCGUAGUUAUUAGUUUUUCCCACCUAGUUGUUAUUUUGUAGUUUUAAAUUUUCAUAGUUUUUAGUAGUUCUUAGAUAUUUUGUAGUUUUUCGUAGUUAUUAGUUCUUCCUACUUGUUAUUUUGUAGUUUUUGGUUCUUCAACCAGUGAUUAUUUGUAAUAAAAAUGUUGCCGGUUCAGAUGUUUUUGAUAAAUGAAGUUCAAAACGAUGAACGAAUGUACCAAAACCGCAUACAAAAAAGAACCAUGCGAGAUGCAAGUGAUCCAUUUGCAUUGCCCGAUAGGAGGUUCAUUGAUCUCUUCAGAUUAAAUAAAAAUGUAGUCCACUAUUUGUUUGAGACUUUAAUGCCAUUUAUGGAAGCUGAAGAGAGAAGGUCACGGGUUCCUCGUCAAACCCGCAUAUUAGUUGCGCUGCGAUUUUUUGCGACUGGUGACUACCAAAGAGGUGUGGGUGAAGAAUACUUGCUCUCGGCCAGUCAACAAGUGGUUAGCAGGUGUAUAGAUGAGGUAGCCACUUGUAUAGCUACAAAUUUAAGUCGACUAUGGAUUAAAUUUCCCAUGGAUGAAAGAAGAAGAAAUGAUAUAAAAAGGCGCUUUAUGGAAAAAGCUGGAUUCCCAGGAAUCAUUGGAUGCAUAGAUUGCACCCACAUCGCAAUUUUAGCACCUGCCCAUGAGGAACACAUUUAUGUUAACAGGAAGGGCUUUCACUCCAAAAAUGUGCAAAUAAUUUGUAACGACAAAUUAGAAAUUCUUAAUAUUAAUGCCAUGUAUCCAGGCUCAACAAAUGAUGCAUUUAUUUGGAGAGGUUCUCAAAUAAAACACUUGCUUGAAGAAGAAUAUAACAGAGGAGGAAGAAAUAAUUGGUUGCUAGGAGAUUCAGGAUAUCCAUUGGAGCCAUGGCUGUUAACACCAUUUGAAAAUCCAAAUCCAGACAGUCCUGAAGGCCGAUACAACCACUCUCACAAGAUAACAAGAAGUAUAAUAGAGAGGUGUAAUGGACGCUUAAAACUUGUGUUUAGAUGCACUUUAGGAGAAAGAAAACUCCGGUAUAAUCCUAUUAAAGUGGGAACAAUAAUAAAUGCUUGUGCGGUGUUACAUAACAUAUCUCUGAGAGCUGCAGUUCAGUACGAGAUCAAUUUCCAAGACAAUAUUUUGAAUAUGGACAUCAUCAACUUCCAGGGCAACAAUCAAGUUCCAGGCUUGCCAGUAUUAGAAGAAGCUAGGCAAGUCAGACAGCAACUCCUAAAUAGAUAUUUUCAAAGAUAAAAUUAUUGCUUUUUAAUACUAAAAUUGCUAAAUUGUUAUAAUUUUAUGAUCCAUUUUUUAUUUUCUUAGUUAUAUACAUAUGUUAAGUUAAAAAAUUAAUAAAUAUAAUUAUUCUAUAUGAUUUACAUUUUUAAAUUUAGUUUUUAACAGUUUUAGUAUUAUAUCUUAAUCACCAUCUCUUAUGUUUUACAACGUUAAAUAAAACUAAACUUUAAAUAAUAAAUAUACUGCUGUAUUUCAAAAAUAUUAUUUAUUUUUUCAAUAAUACCACUUGUUAACACUUAUACUAUAUACCGUAUGAUCGAAUAAAAACGGCGUCAGCGAUGGCUAAGAAAUGACGAUCGAUAAUAUUUCCCAUAUAAUUUUACAUAU